AUGAGCCACAAUGAGGUAGUCCACUCAAACGUAAGCGUACCCUUUUCGUGGGAGCAAAAGCCUGGAGUGUCCAAGGCUGCACACCAAGAAGUACGCCCCGUGGAUACAUGGCAUUUCAAACUGAAAUUGCCUCCUCCUCCUUGCGCGUCAAAGAUUCCUAGGUUUCCUUUUGAUGAUAAUGUGCAAGUUCCUUUGAUUCCGUCUGCUCUUCUGACUCCAUCAAGUUCUUCAAAGAAGGCUAUCAGGACUCAAGAAGACCCCUUUUUGAGGGCUUACAAGAAGUGCGCCGGGUACCCUAUAAACGGCAAGCUGUCCAGUGAUAGCAAAACUGAUCAAGGAAGGCCUAAGAUCGGGAGGAAGAACGGCGGUGGUCGCAGUAGUUCUCUCUCCUGCAAGUACUCUUGUUCUGUUGCUGAUGAUAAUUUGGUAAGAACGUUUCAGUUCUCUACACCAAUUUCCAAAAGCGAAGGAGCUGGAAAGGGACGAUUAAUGGCCAGUAGGUUUGCUAGCCAGUGA